AUGCCACGAAGUCAGGAUGAUAAAAACAUUGAGUUGCUGCGUUCCCUCUCUUUGACCACUGGGAAUAAAAGAUGUAUGGACUGCCAGGCGAUAGGGCCAGUUUAUGUUGUGAUAAAUUUCGGCACUUUUGUGUGUCAGACGUGCAGUGGCAUUCACAGAGAAUUUGGGCAUCGUGUUAAAUCAAUUUCAAUGGCAACCUUCACACCAGAAGAAAUCGCGAAGGUGAAACGUGUUGGCAACGAAAACGCAACAAGAAUUUGGUUGGCUAAAUGGACAACCGCUGAAUUCCCAAUACCAGAAAGCGGCAACGAGCGUAGAAUUCGUGAAUUCAUGAAGUUGAAAUAUCAAGAUAAAAGAUGGUUUGAUCAGAACGCUUUCGAAUCUAUUAUGGCCGGGAAAAAGGUCGAACCCGUUUCACACCAACCAGUCAUUAGAGAAGAACCAGUCGUACAACAAGCACCACAACAACAAGAGCAAAAACAACAACCCGCCUCUACAAUGUUUUGGGGAAAUGACGAUAACGUCGGACCAAUCCAAAAAACAACUCCACAACAAAGCCAACAAGCUCCAACACAACCACCUAAACAACAAGCCGGCAACGCGAUGUUUGAAGUCGAGAAAAAACCACAGAAAAAGGUCGAUUUUAUGGCACUCUUUGAUAACGCAAUGAAACAACCUGCUCCAAACGCCCAACCCGUCCAACAACCACAACCAUUCGAUUUCUUCGGAAAUGUUCAACCACAGCAGCCACAAAUGGCCCCGUCGCAACAGGUCUUUGGGCAACAACCGAUGUAUCAACAACCACAACAACCAUUGUUCUCCCAACAACCACAACAAAUGUAUCAACAACAGCCAAUGCAACAACAGAUGUUCUAUCAACAAACUUCAGUGUAUCAGCAGACCGUUCAACAGCCGAUGUUCCAACAACAACCCGCACCACAACAAAAACAAUCCCCACAACCAUCUCAACAACCAAAGUAUCAGAAACCUCAGCCAGAUGUUUUCUCGUCUUUGGGAAGUUAUCAGCCAAAAGCUAAGCCACAGGAGCAACCAGCAGCAGAACCUGCUAAGACUACAAACCCGGCAGAGAACGUUUUCGAUUUUAUGUGA